CGGGGCACCAGCAGUGACUCAGCGCCCACACACCGAACAAGCUAACAUUUCCGUAUCCGCCGAGGCUCAGAUCCGCCGAUCCCGGCCGGAGGCUGCGCCGCCACCGCCGGACCUGCUCCCAGGUUUUCGAAGACACGAUGGAGGACAUCAAUUUCCAGUUUCAAGCCCUUCUCAAUGACAUCAGUGAAAACCUGGGCUCUGACGAGCUGAAGGCGAUGAAAUUUUUUUGCCGAGAUUUGUUGCGCAGUAACCAACUCGGCCGGGCUGAUUCUGGGCACAAACUCUUUAUCGCUCUGCAGGAGAAGGGCUUUAUCGAUGUGAGUGAUACCUUCCUCGUGGCAGAGUUGCUGUACCGGACAAAACAAUUUAAGCUUCUGAAGAAGAUGAGAUACGACAGGUGGGAGGUCUCAAGGCAACUGAAAGAUCCGGCCAAGGCCAGGAUCUCAUUGUACAGACAGCUUUUGUUCGAGGUGUCGGAGGAUAUCACGAUGAAGGACUUGGAGGCUGUGAAGCAUUUCUUGCACAACUGCUUAUCCAAAUCUAAACUGGAGAGCAUCACGACAAUGUUGGAUGUCUUCAUUGAAAUGGAGAAGGAGGGAUUACUGGAAGAAGGGAAUAUGGAACUUCUGAAGAAGAUCUGCAAGGAACUUGGGGAGCAUUUAGUGAUGAAGUUUGACCAUUACAAACCAUUGAUCUCAGCCCAGUGUUCCACUGGGAAAAAAGACGAGAACGGAGGAAGGCAGGGUGAGGAAUCUGUUGUGGUGCUGGCUCCAACUCCUGAGACCACCUUUCCUGUGAUUUUAAGUCCCCAAACGCCACCAUCUGCUGAACAGUGUGGACUCCCCCGUUCGCUCGAAGCCCACAGCCCGUCUAGGGUGCAAUUCUCACGACUUCCUGUCCCAACGGACCGGCAGAUUCCCAUCCAGGAUGGCAGUGUCAGUCACACAGUGUGUUGCAAGAGUCAAGAUAUGAAGGAACAAGAUGGCAACUCUUUCCACAGUCAGAACAUUGAGAGUCUGAGCAGGUACAAAAUGGAGAGCAACCCGAGAGGCUACUGCGUCAUAAUUAAUAACCACACCUUCGCAAAGAUGGCGGAACGCCGAGGAUCGCACGUGGAUGCAGAUCGGCUCAUUAGGAUCUUCAGGUGGCUUGGGUUUGACGUGGAUCCUCAGGAGAAUCUCACAGCUGCUGGGAUGCAAGGCCUGAUGAACAAGUACCAGGCGAUGGAUCACACGCUGCGUGAUUGCUUCGUCUGCUGCAUCCUGACCCACGGUGAGAAGGGUGUGAUGUGCGGCACAGAUGGUCAGCACGUCGCUAUUUCCGAGAUCACCUCCUUCUUCACGGGCAGGCAGUGCCCGACCCUUCGAGAGAAACCCAAGCUCUUCUUUAUUCAGGCAUGCCAGGGCACCAAGAAACAGGACAGCGUCGGGGUCGAGCUCAGCGGUGUCGGGGUCGAGCCCAGCGGUGUCGGGGUCGAGCCCAGCGGUGUCGGGGUCGAGCCCAGCGGUGUCGGGGUCAAGCACAGCAGCGUUGAGACCGAGCCCAGCAGCACCACGCUGGAGCAGGAUGCUGUAAGCACCAAUGCCACCAUCCCCGACGAGGCGGAUUUUCUCCUGGGCAUGGCGACAGUGGAGGGAUACGUCUCGUUCCGGCACAUUCAGCAGGGCACCUGGUAUAUCCAAUCACUCUGCGAGAACCUGGAGAAAUACAGCGCCAGUGAGGACCUGCUGAGCAUUCUGACCAUUGUCAACAGGGAUGUCAGUGGCAAAAAGGACAAUAAAGACAAGACCCAAAUGCCACAGCCUCGUUACACCCUCAGGAAGAAACUUUACUUCCCGGUGACCCAAACCUACACCAAUUUCAUGAACUCCUCAUAGUGUCUCCACUCCGGCACUGGGAGCAGCAUGGAUCCUGGAGGUUCCUGUGCUCUCUGGUGCUAAGUGGAGGGAGUGGGUGCUGAGGCUGGGUCGGAACUGUGCAAUCUUCCCUGUCCGAUUGGCUCUUUGUUUCAAUGUCAGUGCUGGUCAUUAACUUGAGCACUGGCUCUGUGUCUGGGUCUACUGUGAGUGAAGAGUUUAUGUGUCAUAUUAUUACCUGAAUAAUUUUAUAAUAAAUUUGGCUGUGUUUUCUAGCA